AUGCUUUGUCAACCUUCCUUUGCUCAGGCGCACAUACUACACCAAUUAUCACUGCUGAAAGGUAACAAUUACCCAAGUCGUCCUUGGCAUAUAACUUCUGAUAUUCCAGUUGGACUUCUUUUCUGCUUUACAUUUACACUGGAACGCGGCAACCAGCUUUACUAUGGAGAGUAUAAUAACCAGACUCGCAAUAAACUUAGAAAGAUCAACCAACCUCCCACUGUUGGUAAGUCAGUCAUUGGUACAUGCAACGGAUUGAUUUGCUUUUCUGAAAACUAUUGUUUUGAUAUCCUUGAACCUAGCUAUAUCUGUAAUCCUAUCACUGGAGAAUACGUAAAUAUUCCACGAGUAAUCAAAAGAGACAACAUUGUCGACUACUCUGAGUUAAUAGUGUGUGGUUUUGGUUACCAUCUUUCUACUAACAAGUACAAAAUCGUAAAAAUCCACUACACCGAAACAACUCAUCUGGGGAGGGUCGAGGUAUACACAAUAGGCAGUGGCAGCGGUUGGAGAGAGACGGGAACCACAAGUUACUCACUGCGACCUGGUAUGGGCGCUUUUGAGGACUCUUUUCGGCUUAAGAUAUUGGGAGGAUGCUUGUGUUUUGUUCAUGAGAAGCUACGUGAACGCAUAGAUAUAUGGUUCUUAAGAAAGACGGAGGAAAACUGUAGUUAUGACGUGAAUGAGCAAGAUGAUUACCACUUAUUGAGCUGGUUUAAGGAGUUCAGCAUACCAGUUGAACGUGAAGCAGAGCCGUGUGCUCUUACAAAUAGUGGUGAAGUUCUGAUGCGCUAUAAGGGUUGUCUUUUCUGUUAUAAUCCACAAACUGCAGCCUUGGAAAAGCUUAUGGAUAACGACUUCCGUUAUCUAUUUUCACACGUUAACAGCUUUGUUUCGCUGAAAGCUCUUGGAGAAAAAGGGUCUAAAUUCAGAAAAAGGUAUGAUGUGAAUCCAGCACCCAAGGAAAUCUUUAUAGGAAAACAACAGUGGAAGGAUGAUGGACAGAUUGAUGCGUAA